UCAAAAUGGCGCCGACCAGUUCGCAUGUAACGUCCGAGGAGAAGCGCUGGAAAUAAUCGAAUUGAAUUCACUUUUGUCGCUUUUUUUUGAAUCGGGAUUAAAGAAUGAUGAGGGUUGUGAUGAGAGUGCUGAGUGCGUUGUGUAUAAAAACACACAGAGUGAGCUAUAAAUGUGUGUGUGAGAGUUCACCUUCCCGCCGCCAGAGUCAUAGUGAAGGAGGAUUCAGUAAAGUAGGGAUUGAGGAUGGGUUGACUGGAGAACAAGUGGAUGGAGAACACAGCUGGAUGUGCGGCUCUUCUGCAGCAGUUCUAUCAGCAGUACGCGGUAAUGUUCAGGUUCUACAGAACUUCAUCAGUGAAGACGAGGAAGUGGCUUUUCUUAAAGAACUCGACCCAGGACUCAAGAGAAAAAGAUAUGAAUUUGAUCACUGGGAUGAUGCGAUUCACGGGUUCAGAGAGACGGAGCGGCUGCAGUGGGGUGGAGUCUGUGCCGGUGUACUGGAGCGGCUCCGAGCAGUGGCGUUUCCUGAAGGAAGUCCGUUACUGGGUCCGGUUCACGUUCUGGAUCUGGAUAAGUCCGGGUUCAUCAAACCUCAUGUAGAUAGUGUGAAGUUUUGUGGAAGCACGAUCUCCGGUCUGAGUCUUUUGUCUGACAGCGUCAUGCGUCUGGUCCGCGAAGAGAAUUCAGCAGACUGGGUGGAUCUGCUCUUAACCCGUCGUUCUCUCUAUAUAUUGAGAGAUGAAGUUCGGUUUAAAUUUACUCAUGAAAUCCUGAAGGAUAAGGAUUCCUUCUUCUUGGGACGGAGAAUUCCUCGACAUCGACGCAUCGCAGUUAUCUGCCGGAAUCUUCCGCUUUAGACUUUCACCAUGUUGUAGUGAAGUCUGUGUUUAAUAAUAGACUGUAAAACAUCAUGAUUGUCUGACCUUUGUAAAUUCUAAUGAACAAAUUCAUCAUGAACAUCAUUUUAGAUUAAAUUUGUGUCAUUAUAAGCGAUUUCUAUUAUUUUCAUCUUAUAUGGGUUAUUUUAAUUGAUGUAAAUUUGUUAGGUUGUGGCACAAAAACAGCUAAAUGUAUUUAGAAGAAGCCUUUAUUCGUCAGAUACCUUACUGUACAGUAAAAUUCUUUUAUUCAUACAGUAUAGCCCAGAUUGUUAGGAAGUUUGAGUCAGGGGUCAGAGUCAACCAUAAUAGUGCCCUCUGGAGUAGAGGGGGUUAAGAGCCGUGUGUAAAGAUUCAACAGGGGCAGCUUGGCAGUGCUGGGGCUUGAACUCUGAACAUUCUGAUCAGUACCCCACAGCCUUAACCACCAAGUCACCACAGACAUCAAGCCACUAAAUAAAUAAAAUUUUCAAAAAAUAGUUUUUUUACCUUGUUUCAACCAGAAAGUGAAAAGCAGACUUUCAUUAUGUGUGUGUGACUUUAAAGAUACAGCAGAUCAUUCAGUGUCAGAAUCGACCAAUCAGAAUGAAUGCAUGUACUAAUAUAAAACUAUAAAGUGCUUGAUUAAAGCUAAAACAACAGGAGACGAGUCUGAGUGUCACUGAAGAGCGGAAAAUAAACACAACAGUAAACUU